AUGCAUCUCAACCUAUCGCUGCUUUCCGUCUCCAUGGUCAUCGUACUCGCGCAAGCAACGCCCAUAGAACGGCAUGAGGAGAAUGGAUUGGAAAAACGUGAGACACCCUGCAUUGCAUCUCAGAAUUGCGGCAUAACGCAACCCAAACCUCAACCUAGCACCGGCGGCGACACAGGCGCAGGUGAUACACCUAUUACACCUGUUACACCUAUCGGAGGCAACAAACCUGCCCCUGGCAGCCCGGAGGCCAUCUUGGCAAUACCAACCACUCCCUGGCCUGGUGGUGUGUCUCUAAAGGGAUUUCAAAGGAGAUGUCAACGUAGCGACGCAGACAUAGCGCUCAUCACCGAGGAGCUCGUAGUCGCAAUCCAAAUCAUUUUGAAGGGCACAAAAAUCAAGGGGGCCAGCCCAUACUAUCAAUCAUUUUUCCCGCCGAGCCUGAAAAAUCAGCCAGGUUUCGAGCUUCUGGUGCAAGACAAGUACUCAAACGCCUUUGCUGUCUAUUUUGAUGAAUCUGAACCACUGCAUAUCAGUUGCAGCGAAGACUUACCGUGUGGGGGAGACACGGUCGCUUACGUUUACGCGGGAUGGAACAUCCUGAACCUGUGCGCCCCGUGGUGGGAUAAUAACAUCAAACAAAAGUCUUCUGUAGCUGGGACAGAGUGUCAACCAGAUCAUCCGAACACUGACGAGUGGUUCAACAUCGGCAAAUUCAAGGAGACCAAGUGUAUAGCCGACGACUAUGCAUACGGCUACAAUAGGGACAAUCCAAAUGGCCCCGUUGGUCAUUGUAAUCCGAACCUAUCCUUUGAGAAUGCAGACAGCCUUGCAUUUGUGAUCGCGGGAAGUGCUCCAGACGAGCCGGUGGAGAAGGAAGAUCAAGAUCUUGACAUAAUUGUCUCCACUAACCCUCAUGGAGAAUGA